UGGUUAGGAGUACUUACUGUUCCUGUGGAGGACCCUGGCUUAGUUCCCAGAACUCACACAGGAAAGCUUACAAAUGAAUGGACCUCUAGCUCCACGGGACCUGGCAUGCUUCUGGACUCUGCCGCACAUGCGCACAUUUACACACAUGUAAUGUAAGAUAGACUGUAGGUUCAGAAGCCUUACGAAAAGGAAGGAGCCCAGAGAGUUGCAGUGGGGAGCACAGCAUCGAAGAGAAGGCCAGAAGUUGGCAAAUAACUUACUGAGUUUCCAAAGUUUGGUUGAAAUGGAAGAUGGAAAAAUUGUCAGCUAAAACUGGUGGUGCUGAGGUGGUUAGCUGGGGCGGAAAGCUGGCGCUCUGGUUUUGUGGGAGGCUGGAGCUUGGCAGAUCUGUCCCUCCCAUUCCUCUUCCUCAGCUUCCGAAGGCCCCGGUAGGGGCAGGCAGGGAGCAGUCCCUGCCUAGUAGACAGGACCCACUUCUGUUGCAGACGUCCAUGCUGCAGAGCCUGCUGGGGUACCUGGCUAUGGACAGUCAGCGGCGGCCACUCCUCAUACAGGUGCUGAAGGAGCUCUUGGAGACAUGGGGCAACAGCAGUGCUGUCCGCCACGCGCCCCUGGAGCAGCAGGGCUACAUCAGCAAGGCCAUCCUCAUCUGCCUGGCACACCUGGGGGAGCCGGAGCUGCAGGACAUCCGGGAUGAACUGCUGGCCAGCAUGAUGGCGGGUGUGAAGUGUCGCCUGGACAGCAGCCUGCCCCCUGUGCGUCGCUUGGGCAUGAUUGUGGCCGAGGUCAUCAGCUCCAGGAUCCACCCCGAGGGGCCUCCCCUGAAAUUCCAAUAUGAAGAUGAUGAGAUGAGCCGUGAGAUGCUGGCCCUGGCCACCCCCUGGUCUGCGGAUGCCUGCUCCUCGGAGGACCUAGGAGGCCCUUCCCUGGCUCCGGUUGCUGCGGAGACUCCCGUUGAGACACCAGAAAAGACAGUGGGCAGUGACGCACCCCCAGCUCAGCCGCAGGGCUCGGACUCAGAGCUGGACAGCGAUGAUGAGUUCAUCCCCUAUGAUAUGUCAGGGGACAAAGAGCUGAAGAACAGCAAGGAACCCCUGUAUAUCCGGGACUGCAUGGAAGCCUUGACCACAUCUGAGGACAUGGAGCGAUGGGAGGCAGGCCUAAAGGUGCUUGAGGGCAUGGUUUAUAGGAGCCCUGAGGCCACUCGGGAGGUGAGUGUGGAGCUGGCCAAGGUGCUACUGCACCUGGAAGAGAAGACCUGCAUGGCAGACUUUGAACAACUGCGUCAGAGGGCUCUGGUGGCUGUGACAGUCACAGACCCGGAGCAGGUAGCCAAGUAUCUGACCUCACAGUUCUAUGGCCUGAACUAUAGCCUCCGGCAGCGCAUGGACAUCCUGGAUGUCCUUGUUCUGGCUGCUCAGGCACUGUCUCGGCCACGGAGCCUUCAUAGGCUUCCCCAGCAUGGUCCCCCUGGUUCUGGCAGCUUGUGUUCACCAGCUGUUUCUCAGCUUGGCAGUGCUGUGGCCCCUGACUGGCAGGUGGUCGUGGAGGAGCGGAUCAAAAGCAAGACCCGGAGGUUCUCCAAGGGCUGUCCUUCUCGGAGGGAGCUGUCAGGUGCCCCCAAUGAAUUUAACUCUGUGGCUGGUUUCUUCUUCUUCCCACUCCUUCAGCACUUUGACAGGCCUCUGGUGACCUUCGACCUUUUAGGAGAUGAUCAGUUGGUACUUGGAAGACUGGCCCACACCUUAGCGUCCCUGAUGUACCUGGCUGUUAACACCACAGUGGCUGUGCCUAUGGGUAAGGCCCUGCUUGAGUUUGUGUGGGCCCUUCGCUUCCAUGUUGACACUUAUGUUCGCCGGGGCUUGCUGUCUGCUGUCUCCUCGGUCCUCCUCAGUGUACCCACAGAGCGGCUAUUGGGGGACCUGCCAGAUGAGCUGCUAGAAGCCAGAUCCUGGUUGGCAGAUGUGGCUGAGAAGGAUGUGGAUGAGGACUGCAGGGAGCUGGCAGUGAGGGCGCUGCUGCUUCUGGAGCGACUCAAAGAUAAGCUCCUGUCCAUUUCCUCUCCAUAGCCCUGAGGACUCUCCACAGGGGCCCAAAUGGACCCUCGGCUGUCCCCACCAUAAGAAGGGAAGAACUCUGAGGAGCGGGUCCACACCUGAGCUUUACGUGGCAAUCAGGUCUGGAGCGGCCGGUUGGUCCCAGUGUGCAUAAAGUAAGCUCCUACCA